AUGACUGGCCGCUCUAAGACGCUCCCUGAAGAGGAGGUGGCGCUCACCGCGCCUCCGCAGCAGCAGCAGCAGCAGCAGCAGCAGCAGCAGCAGCAGCAGCAGCAGGAGGAGCGUCUGGAGCUGGGGGAGGGUUCGGGGGCCCCGCUGAACCUGAACGCGACCUUCUCCGUGCGGACUGUGGGGCCCCCCGGGGGCCCCCCCGGGAGUUGGGGCCCCCGGGGGCCCCCGGGGGCCCCCGGGGGCCCCCGGGGCCCCUCCUGGGGGCCCCCCGGGGGCAGCGCGUCGGGGGCCCCCCAGAGCCUGUCGGGGGCCCCCGCGAGCCUCUCGGGGGCCCCCCGGGGCCCCUGGGGGGCCCCCAGCGCGGGGGGCACGGGCUCUUGCGGGGGGCCCCCCGGGGGGCCCCCCAAGUGCCCUUUUUGGACCCGUUUUCGGGAGAAGUUUGGGUCUUUUAUUUCGGAAAUGUUGCGAAGUGAAUUUGACUUCGGCGCGGCCUACCGCAGGGCCCAGGGCCUGCAGGGGGCCCCCCCGGGCCGCCCGCGGGGCCCCCCGGGGGCCCCCCGAGGCCCCCCGGGGGCCCCCGGGGGCCCCCGGGGGCCCCCCGAAGAGGCCCUGACAUCAGCUUUAACUGCGAAAUCCGAUCUAGAUGAUGGAGGGGAAGUCAGGAAACAAUUAAGGCUUUUUCCUCUAAGUUUUAGAGACCCUGAGUUUGAAAAGGAGUACUCUUUGAUAUGCAGCGAGCUGUUUGUGGGGCGGCUGUUCGCAGUGCUGGGGGCCCUCAUCGCCGCAGUUAUACCCUCUUUGUGGGCCCUGGGGGCCCUUUGCUUCCUCGACAUUAAUUUGCAUGCAGAGAGUUUUGGGGCUUGGAUUGCUUUUCAUUUUUCUUUUGCUUUUAAUUUGCUGCUCGCGCUGCUCUCUUUGCUGCUGAUAGUUUGCCCCAAACUCGUGCCCCAGCUCCGCAGCCACUUCGAGAUCUACGCCUACGCCAACGUCUUCAUCGUAAACCCUAAACCCUAA